AUGGUUGUAUCUGUUGAUAUUAGUGGCAAUUCAUCUUCGCCAGUGUCAGGUGUGACAGUGGUUGCACUUGCACCAUCAGUGCAGGCUUCUCAAGUGACAUACAUUGUGGAAUCAUCUACAGGUGAACUCUUGUUGGUUCAAAGGAAACUGAUUGUGGAUCAAUCGGAUCAUAACCAACGAAUAACCUCACGUUUCAAAAUUUUCAAGCCGCAGUUUAGACCAAGUGGAGAGGCAGACAGGGUUGAGGUGAAGAACCGGGGUGGUGAUGCCCUAUUCUUAGGUGAUAAGUAUUCCAUGGCGGUUUUGGCUCGUGACUUUCCAGGAUGCCAACCAAAUUCCAUAUACUUUACAGAUGACUACUUCAUUCUCUUUCACAAUGAAUUUUACAAGCACGAUGAAUUGGGCAUUUUCAACAUUGAUGAUGGCAAAUCCGAGAGGUUCUGCAACCUAGAUCAUCCAGAAAAGUUCUCUGCGGUGGUUGAGCCAACUAUGUUGCAAUGUCACGAGUCAACAUACAUUGUAGAAUCAUCUGCAGGUGAGCUAAUCUUGAUUCAUAGGUAUAUGGUUCCAGUCGGCGAUAGUGAAAAUCCGAAUUUCAGUUUCAGGAUUUUCAAACUUCAGUUCAAUUCAAGCGAGAGGGUUGAACUGGAAAGCCUUGGUGGUGAUGCCCUAUUCUUAAGUGAUAACCACUCAAUUGCUGUUUUAGCUUCUGACUUUCUAGUAUGCCAACCGAAUUCCAUGUACUUUACAGAUACUUGCGAAGCAAAGGUGGUUGCGGAGCCAAGAAUGUUUCGACGCUGUGAUAAAUUUUCCAUGGCUAUUUUGGCUUCUGACUUUUCGGGAUGUCGACCAAAUUCCAUAAACUUUACAAAUGAUUACAUUCGAGAACAACUUUCAGAUUUCAGGGACAUUGAUGUGUGGAUUGAUGGUAGCUUCAGAAGACUCUACAAUACAAAUUGUUCACAGGUGCCAUGCCUUUGGAUUUUGCCAACAUUGCAAGGCUACACAUCUUCAUUUGAGUGA